GACCAUUAAUUACAUUUGGCUGGGAACAUUUCGAACAUGACAAUUGGGCUCGCCACCCGGACAUCUCGGAACUUUCCCCUGCUUGCUAUCAGCAAUGUUGCCUCGAGCACUAGCCGUGUCUGCUAUCCUUUCAGCUCAUGGAAGGUGGAGGGGAAUGUUGAGUGUACCGCCACAGACUUGACAGGUCUUCUUGAGAAGUUCUCACACCUUAGCUGAGUAAUCGUGGUACGCAUUUCUGCACCCAUUCUCGCUUCAAUCGAAAGUCAACGACGACUCGGAGGCGAUUGUCUUUAUCUAUCGUCACUUUUUGUUAUGUUUGGUGGCACAAAUUGCUGUGAACCAGAGAUAUUUUAUGUUCUCAACAGACCCCUUCGACCAGCAGUGCAAUGACCGAAACCCGAUUGAUUGAAGGAACCUCGGCAUCUGCGAUUGGAUCAGAUGUGUUAUUGAUUAGAUUAUGUUAUCGUACAGUAAUCACCACAUCAACAACUUUUCUCUACGCCCAAAAUGUCGGUAUACCCGUACAGCCAGCUUCUCUUCGCUGCAUCCACAGCAGUAGCUAUAACCGGCCCAGUCAUCCAGGUUUUCAACGCGAGUCUUGUCGCGAGCACAUCCGAGUCCUCGAAGAGCUCCCAAGGAGGCGAGGACAUCGUGGGUGGUUCUGAUGCCGGACCCAUCCGGAUGGCUGCGAUAAACGACGGCGCGACACAUCUCGCGACGGCUGCAGACGACAAGAAUCUCAGAGUAUGGAAGAUUGGCGCAUCGGGACUGGAGCUGCUCAGUGCACGCGAGCUGCCUAAAAGGCCGACGGCCUUGAAGUUCACGCGGGAUGGACAAACUAUACUGGCGUCUGACAAAUUCGGCGAUGUCUUUAGGUUGGUCGCUUUCGCGUCUUACCGCCGAUACAUCAUUGACUUCCGGGAUUUCAGCUACACCUUGGAACCUGUGUUGAUCCCCGAGCCGUUACCAGAAGAAAGACAGAAGUCGCGUGCAAUGUUGUCCCAUGACAAUCCGUCUGGAGGCACUCUCGUCCUGGGGCACGCAUCUUUCUUGACCUCAUUCACCCUUACCGCCGACGAGAGAUUCAUUGUAACUGCCGACCGAGAUGAGCACGUUCGCGUCAGCUGGUAUCCGGAGGGACACGUCGUCGAGCGAUAUUGUCUCGGGCACACCAAAUUUGUCUCCGCGGUGCACAUUCCUAUCUUCGCAUCGUCAGAACUCGUAUCAGGGGGUGGAGACUCAAGUUUGAGAGUGUGGGAUUGGAUGAGUGGCAAGCUUUUACGUGAGAUCCCCAUUCUCGACACAAUUGAGCCCUUCAUUCGAGUCUUUCCCGGCAAGAAAUCAAAGAGUCCGGAAGACGAUGAUGGAGAGGGCAACGCAGAUGGAAAGAAGAAAAAGAAGAAAGGACGGAAAGCGAAGGUCAAGGACCGGGCAGCGGCCAGAGAAAAUGCGAUCCUCGUCGACGAACAACCAGAAGACGAUUUGGAAGAGGAGGAAAAAGCUGAUGGGGCACUGGAUGAAUCCUCGAACGAAAAAGUCAAGGUUCUCGUUGUGCAGAGAAUCGAAUCUCUGCGGACUCCAGAGGGAGGAAACUAUCUAGUUUUCAGUGCUGUAGGUGCCACAGCCUUGUUCUUACACACUGGAGACUCAGUUCAACCCUUCGACUUUGGGCUGCCGGUGACCGAUUUCAACCUGGCCUCUGACGGCUCGAUUUGGGUGUGCUUGGACGUCUCAUGGUCAGAAGCUGGAUCGACGACUUCUGAUGCGCUGGUUCGCGCUGUGCGCGUCGUUGAUGGACGGCUGGUAGAAGUAGCUAUGACCGAUUCACAUCCUCUUCUUGUCGGUCUGAAUUCCGAAAUUUCCAGAAUUGGAGCUACACCAGCUGAGAUUGCAUCUCUGGAGCUUUACCUACCUCUGAUCGCGAUGCCGAAAAACACAGAAGAUUCGUCCGACCCGAUGGAUCGCACGCAGUUUGAGAGCAGUGCAAGCAAGAAGGAGCAGGCUCGCCUGAAAACUAAACAAGCAGUAGAACGAGCAGCCCAGAAUCAGGGCGAGGAAAAGGAGGAGCCAGAGACCAAACGAGCACGAUCACAGCAGGAUGAAGAUGUUGCCAUGUAAGUAACAUCCGAGUAGACUGCCGGACCCAGAUUUGGAAAUCACGCAUUUUGAAAAUUUUCGGCUGUGUCUUUGGUAUUAUGAAUGUCCUAGAAUUUCAACAGACGCAGGUCUGACGAAAGUCGAUGCGCGAAGAGCCUGAUGACGCGUGACCGUGACCAGUCCCAUCACGUGCAAAGCUAAAAAAAAUAGAUUAUACACGCGAUAUUGGAGUCGAUGGCAAAAUUUCCGAUCUUUUGAAGAUCAUGACUCGGAGUGAUUUUCCCCCCUAUUUUGCAAGUGAAUAUUGCGUCGAUAUCAUCAAGUACUGUACCUUCUGUGAACACUCUUCCUCUGACUGCAAUUGUGACCUGUCACAUCAUAUCUGGUCAUCACGGAUCUUUGGCAGUCCGCCACAACACCCAAGCAAUGCAAAGCGGAUGGUAGCUGGCUUAUCUCUGAAUUCGGACUCGUACGAAAUGCAUUCGACAGCAAACCUUGGGACAGAGCGACAAGGUCUGCUGGAAGCUUCUGAGGAUGUGGACGUCGACCAGCCAGUCAUACCCUCGGCCGAAGGCUCCAGCAGGAUGAUGCUCCGACUCGGCCUCUCCUUCUUUCUCUUUGGUCUCAUCAACAAUGUUCUCUACGUCAUCAUUCUCUCGGCCGCGCUGGACCUCGUUCCGCCGUCGACGCCCAAAGGCAUCAUCGCGUUCUGCAAUAUCGCACCGGCGCUUGCUGCCAAGGUCGGAUGGCCGUAUGUACUGAAAGGGAAGAUAAGGUACACGACGCGGUUGGUCGGAUGCUGUGCCCUCAGUGCUGCCGGCAUGUUGGUUGUCGCCUUCUUUGAUAGCCUAUUCAUGCGUUUGCUCGGGAUCAGCCUGGCGUCAUUCUCGUCCGGCCUUGGUGAAUUGACUUUCUUACAACUCUCGACGACCUAUUCGCCUGCCUCUGUUGCUGGGCACAGCGUCGGAUACUUCGCCUCGGGCACUGGCGCAGCCGGCCUUGUCGGUGCUUUCCUUUGGUGGGAAGUACGAGGGCUUGGUGUGCGUGUUGGUGUCGGUAUGUCAUCGUUCAUGCCCUUGAUCAUUCCCGUGGCCUACUUCUUCCUGCUGCCAAAACCAGCGUCGUUCUCUGUUCCAUCGGCAUCUUAUUCUCCACUUGCUACAGACGAGAACGGCGAACAGCGAGAAGAGGAUGCCGUCAAACGACCUGUGGCUUUAUCUGCAGCUGAUAAAUGGCAACUGGUGCGACCCAUGCUAGUCAAGUACAUGCUUCCGCUAUUCUUUGUCUAUCUUUUUGAAUACACUAUUAAUCAAGGAAUCGCUCCUACCCUGCUCUAUCCAGUUCCCGAUCCAGAAACCCACUAUCUCCUGAGCAAGCUCAUCAAAUCCGUUCGCGACUAUUAUCCUCUGUGGCAGCUCGUGUAUCAAACGACUGUGUUUCUGUCGCGUUCCUCGAUCUCGAUUGGUAUUCCACCACUCCCUCCUCGAUACUUGUCGCUUCCUGCCAUCCUUCAAGCCUGCAUCUUCGCUGUUCUCGCUUGUGAAUCUGGUGUAGGGCUGUUCUCCGCAGACGUGGAUGAGUCUUGGAGUAUCACUCUCGUGUUCCUGCUUGUCAGCCUGGAAGGGAUUUGUGGUGGCUCUGCCUACGUCAAUGUGUUCUACCGAAUCAAUCAGGAAGACAGCUCUGGCGACGAGACGGAGUCCGAUCCUGAGCGCACUCGACAGGAGCGAGAAUUCAAGAUCGGGUCUGUCGGCUUCGCUGACUCCAGCGGUAUCUUGGCUGCGUCGCUGUUUGCCGUUCCGAUGGAAGUUGGAUUGUGUCGUGCCCAAGUGCAGCGAGGGAAGUUGCUGUGUAAGGGCUUGUAGAUUAGAUGUACACCUUGCUCAUAGGUAUCUGUAUUAUAGCUUCUUGCGAUAAGGUGAGCAAUCGCCAGUGACCAGGAAGAGAAUGAGACCGGGAUGGGGUGAAUUGCAACCCUCAUGGGGACUGGAAGCGGGGUCGAUUACCUAAACUUUCACCCGCGGAAUCAAAUUGAUUGGCCACUUCUCUUGACCUAUUCUCUUCUUCACUACCAAUUUCUGACCAUGCCUGAGCCCCGCGCUGUGCCCACUUGAACGUCUUGUCCAACCACAUAAAUCAUUCCUGGCAUGAAUCACUACCAACUCACCAAUUUUGGCUGGUUUCAUCUCUCAGGACUGUAGGGCUGUGGCCCAAAGUGAGCUACUUGACUCCCCUUACUCGAUUGUUCCGCAAGUGACCGAACGAAGACAAAGAGCGGGUAGCUCUACGUGAAAUGUUCCAUUAGGUGUCGGAUGAGGUGAACACUGGCAAGCUUGGGACAACAGCGGAUGAUGUCUCAGCUGCGAGCGCGGAUGUAAAAUGUCUCACCCCCUAUCUCCGACUUUCAACAUAUAAGGCGGGCACAGGCGACAGAGGGCGCCUAUCCACUGCUUUAACUGUUUAACACAAACCACCACUACCUACCAUCUACUCUGCAUCACAUUAUCAUGUCGCACACCACCACGUAUGAUUUCCCCGAGUCCAUCGCUCCGUCCUCCUCGACCUCGAGUGUCUCAUCCGACUGCUCGUCGAGCAGCACAAGCACCCUUCGAGACCGUCGAGGAGUGUCGUUGUGGAUCUCGUUCUCCGCCGUCUUCCCGGUCGCUCCCAAACCCAAGGGAGCGCUCGGCCCGACCGUGAACAACAUCCCCCGUCGUCGGAAGCGCAGUAGUGUCGUUUCCAUCGACUCGCGGCCCGUGUCUGAGAACUCGUCGUCUCUCGACCGGGGCGGCUACUUUGCGUGAGGGGUCGGGUCGAAGAGAAGACGGAGAUGGAGCAGUAUGCGGUCGUGUGAUGGAAAUGAGCCAUCCACGACACCAAAUCAAAAGUCACACACUCUGAGACCCCAGUCCAGUCGGACUCUGCCGACAAAGAGCGGCAGCCUCGAAGCUAUCCUAAGCGACGAGGCAUGGGUUUAAUCACCAUACGUUCCAUAUGCUUAGCAAGCUGUGGUCGUUAUAAAUCAUAUUAUGCAUCCAUCCACACAGUUACUUCAUUAGGUUGAGAUAUCCAUGGUGUGAGAGCUCUCUUUGAAUCCACGCUUGAAUUUCGAGAACGGAAACUCAAGUUCAUUCUUGAGCAGUGUCGCAGACUACCAUGAGCUUGUCCCCUUGAUGCGCACACGGAACCUUGUGUAUUCACUGAGCAACUAGAGAUAGCUAUAUCCAAUUAAAUAACCCCGAACCGAACCUAGAGCCGCGAAGAUACAAGUACAAGUACAUACAAGUGUGACUAUAUCCUUGACAUGAGACUAUUCAGAGACACCAAGACCGUUUUGAAACUGCGAUUUCGUGGGACCUGAGCAGGGCGGUGUCCACCCCAAACGACUGUUUCAUCGCUGCAGCCUCUUCGGAGAAACAGGACAUCUCUGGCGAGAAGAACGUUGGGGGAGACUGGAAUAUGCGCAGAUAGCUCAGCCUCCCGGCGCCAUUUCCUCGUCGUCCUCGGGUCGCAACGAGUGUUCUGAACGCGUCGAAUGUCUGGCAAUUGAGUUCGGACGAAUACACGAGCGAUUCGAGAGACGGGCAUCGUUCUCCCGUAUUGAGACUCUGCAGAAGCUCGAGUCCUUCUUGCCCGUUGGUGGAGUCGACCAGUAGGAACUGCAACCACGGGAGGCAGUCUAAACACAUCGCAAGCAAGUUGGACGCAGUCGCUUUGGUGCAUUCCCACAUCGAGAGCCGGCGGAUUGCGGAAGGGGAGCUUUGAGACAGGAGAUAUCGCACAAGCGAAUCUGCACUCGAACGGUGCAGGCUUAGGUCCUCGACCGCCGGCAAGUCCAAGAACGGCAAGAUGUCGGUGUCGGUGUCGUGGGUGUGGUAGCAAAAGCGCCUGAGAUAAGGCAGCUUGAUGCUGCCCGGCUCGAAGUACUGUUGAUCGGGUGCGACAUUCCAUCCGUGGCGCUUGGCAGUGGAAAGCACACACUCGAUCAGGUGGGGCGUGCAGCUGAGGACGUUCAGAGCCUCGGUGCGCCCGAGAUACGGCACCUCCAGAUGCGUCAGCUGUGCAAGUGGCACUCCACUCAAGCGAAGCAAGUUCGCGGAUUGUUUGUGCUGCCUGAAGCGCAGCUCUCGAAGGUUGGGUGCGGAAGCUAGGACGGCGGGUAUAGCACCAGGGACACUCCCGAUGAUUUCGAUGGUGCGCAACUUGGGGAAGGAAGCUCCGCUCAGCACGGAGUCGAGGGCAUUAACCCGUCGCGGCCAGAUAUUCGACCCCGCGCAGGAUUCGAAGUUGAAGCGCAGUGAUUCCCAUCUGCCAGAGAAGCUCAGAAGGAGGUCAAACAGAUCAUCGUCCGGCCUCCCCCAAAGCAGCACAUGUGCGCCCAACUCCGUGCAGCCCGAGAUUCUGUCCAACUGCACUUCCAGCAUCUGCCGGCGGGUAUGCAACAUAGCUUUGGGUACCCUCUCGGUCAGAGUAAGCACAGACCACAGGCCGGGAUGUCCCAGCGCUGCCUGCCGCCAAGCCCUACAGACGACGCCCACAGCCCAGGGCGCGCGGAAGUCCGAUUCCCAGGACCGUUGCGCGAAAGCGUCCGCAGGAGGGUUGAUCAAAGAGAAGAUGUGCUGCAGGAUCUCGGUGGGGAGGUAGCGGAUGGGUGACAGUAUCGCGCGAUGCCGGGCAAUAGAUUGGAGCGUCGCGUCUCGUCGCGAUAGCGCCAUGGCAAGAGAGGCAUUGAGCGCGGUAAUCUCUGUCUCGACAGAGGCUAGGACAGCCUGGGCGGAGGUAAGGAGAUCAUAGGUCGACUGGCACUCUGACGACGAGUGUGGGGGCUCAUUCGAGGUGAGCAGGUGAGUGAGGAGCACGCUCAUGGGGAAGGAGAAGUAACGGGAAAGAGAGAGGGAGUCGCACGCCUAGUGUUUCAAGAGUCAUUUCUUGUGCCCGUGAAGUAAUCAUCAGUGAUCUGGACCAGGUGGUAGCGAACUUCUGGCAACAAUGAUAGGUCACACGCAGACGGAAGACAGAAGCUAGGAGGAUAAUGCAAUGUGGGUGUGAGCCAGAUAUGGAGGACCGCCUCGGACCAGCCCGCUCAGUAAGCAGCAGGAAGUCCGGGUGUGAUUUGAAUGGCACGGCGUUCAAG